CCCAAAUUCUGGUUAGCUGCUGUGAGUGUUGUUCCUCUUUUUGUACCGAGAAUUCUUACUUUGUUCUUUGUUGAUUUGUCAUUCUGGAUGACAAGGCACUAUUUGUGUUUACAAUCUAGACAACUUAACUGAUACCUGAGGAAUAAAACAACUUUGCCGCCAUGUCGCUGUUCAGAGAAUUCAACCAGAUGGUGACCAACGUUCUGAGUAACAUCCCCACUGUGGACUCGUAUGCCCGCACUGUCCGCAAAGUGGACAAUCCAGCACUGAAGCAUCAAGGCUGGCCGGUCAUGGCCAGUUUGGACGGAAUGCAACUCCUGCACGACGUCAGAGGCAGGAAAUAUGAAUGCCUUCUGCACUUGGAUGCAUCACACUUGAAAUCUUACAGCAUGUUCAGGCUAAACGAAGGUGACCAAACCAUGGCCGAGUUCAGCAAGCUUUAUCAGACGCUGUAUCCGUUCUGCAAGGCUGCCCCCGAAGUGCUUGAUGCAGAGAUCUUGCAGGCGAUCGUCAACAGUGCCCGCACCAAUCCCACCUGGUCCUCCGCUCACCAUGCUGUGGCGGCCAAGUUUGAGAAAUGCAUAGCUGCACCGGAAAUCAGAGAACACAUCAACAGCCAGGCAUGCGAUGCAAUGAGGACGCCAGUCCAUCUGGCAGUCAAGUGGAACAAUGCCAGUAUGGUGAAAACCCUCAUCAUUAGUGGGGCCAAGCUGGGUAUCGUCGAUGCCGAAGGGGAGAAUGUGUUUCAUUAUGUCGCCAGGUUGCUGGGCGAUACAGCACCAAUGCUGCAGUUUUUGGCAGAAGACACCAGCGGCAUCAAUGCAUGUAACCAUCGUCGUUUGACAGCUCUACAGAUUGCCUGUCAGCAGGGUAACCUGAACACAGCAGCAGGGCUGGUGACUCUAGGGGCGUCGGUCAAUGUGACAGACUCUAUGGGCUGUCCUAUACACUAUGCCUUCAAAUAUCAGCACUACAAGGCUGCUGAAAGUAUUCUAGGAGCCCUCGAUAUUCAACUAGACAGCAUGCUGUGUGUCAAGUACGGAGGCUCCGCCUUGCAUUAUGCCAAAUCACCAGCAUUUAUCAAGCUGGUGACCAAAAGACGGGGGACCUUCGAUGUCAACUUGCUGAGCAAGACAGGGCACUCGCCGUUGCACAUCAUGGUUCAACGCCAGAGGCUGGAAUGUGUGCUAGCAUUGCUGUGUGCCGGUGCGGACGUUGGUGUUGCAUUGCCUGGUGGAGACAUGCCAUUGCAUCAAGCUGUCAGGAAAAAUGACCUGGACAUGGUGUAUGCAAUGAUCGUAUUUGGAGCCGACAUCAAUGCACUGAACAGCAAGGGGGAAUCCCCACGUCACGUAGCUUCUACGCAGCUGUUGUCUUCCCUGGGGGGUUUAGUAGGAUCUUCCAAUAAUGUCAUCAGCGCACUCCACCUGGUAGGGGCACAGCGGUGCCCAGUAGGCAUGAAGGGGUGCAGUGCUGGGUGCAAGGCAGACGGGACCUAUGACGGGAACCCACCGACGUCGAUUGAAGUCGCCCAGUCAGAGGGCAACAAAGCUUACGAGGAUUUCUUAAAUGUGUGCAUCGGCAUGAUGGCAACCAGGCAGAAGGUUACCACGGCAACAGAUGAGACAGAUAGUACCGCAUCCCCAAGACAUAGUGACAACAUCCUUAGCUUAGAUGGGGGCGGCAUCAGGGGAUUGAUACUAACGCAGAUAUUACUGGCUAUAGAAGAAGCAGCCGGAAGGCCCAUUGCCGAUAUGUUUGACUGGAUUGCAGGCACUAGUACAGGGGGAAUUCUAGCUCUGGCUCUCGCAGUUGGUUAUUCUGUGAAGGAAGCCCGCAGUCUGUACUUCACUCUGAAGGACGAGGUGUUUAUCGGGUCUCGGCCGUACGCCUCAGAGCCACUAGAGAACUACCUCAGGCACCUCUUUGGAGAGGACACCAAGAUGGAUUCCAUCACCAAACACAAGGUUUUGGUGACGGCUACCCUUGGGGACCGCACACCGCCCCCUCUGCAUAUUUUCCGCACCUACGAGCCCCCUGCCAGCUCUUCGUCUGCCUGUGUCGUCUACAACAAAGAUAACUUCAUCUCGCCGCCUUUGUACCACGAUCAGCUGAUAUGGAAAGCUGCCCGGUCUAGCGGUGCAGCACCAAGCUACUUCCAACCCAUGGGAUGUUUUCUGGACGGUGGCCUGAUUGCUAACAAUCCAACACUGGACGCCUUGACUGAGCUACAGGAAUACUACAUGGACAGGCAAAUGAAGGGUGAACCAACGCGUAAUGUAGGAGUGGUUGUGUCGGUGGGAACCGGUAAUAUUCCAAUCAAACCCAUGCGGAAUAUGUCCAUCGUUAGACCGUCUGGUAUUAUGGGCAUGGUCAGUGCUGCUAAGGCUGCAGCCGGUCUCGGCGAAAUAUUUGUGGAUCUGGUGACUGAUGCACGAGGGCGCACUUUGGACCGCGCCCGUUCCUGGUGCAACAUGAUCGGCGCCCCGUUCUAUCGUUUCAGCCCACCCCUGAGUGCGGACAUUCCGUUGGAUGAGACCAAAGACAGAACCAUCCUCAAGAUGCUGUGGGAGACACAGGUUUACCUGCAUCGCAGGAGAGAGAAAAUCCAACAUCUUGGGGAACUCCUCAAGUCCAUGCAUUGAAUAAUAAUAUUAAUAAUAAUAAUGAAAAAUAAAUGUCUAUAGUGCUGAGUCCAUUUAAAAAAAUGCCUUCUGGCGCUUUACAAUGAACAAUUCAUGUAAAUAAAAGGAAUAUAAUUUUUUUUUAAAUGUGAUUAUUUAAACCCCAAAAUGGAUAAUAUAACACUAUAGUAAGGCUGAACCACAUGUAGACAUGCCCGGGCAGAACAGAAAAAACCAAUCCCCUCCCCGCUAGCUAGACCAAAUAAAAAAAUGUUGCAGGUUUGUGUAUUUCUUGAAAUGCAAAGUGCAAAGUUGCAUGUAUCCGUUUGCUAUAUUUAGUCCAUUUAUUUUGUGCGUGUAUUCUUUUUUUUUUUAAGUAUGUAGCACUAAUCCGCGUUUGACAAUCCAGGGCGUAUUUCAUGCUUUUUUUGUGCAAUAGUUGAGGCUUGUUCAUUUGUUUCAUGGUGUUGCAAAGAUCAUAAUUCA